AUGAGAAAAUUAAUUUUUAGGACAGUUUAUUCAAUUUUAAAUUUGUUUGGGUAUAAAAUUAACCAUACAGAAAUAUAUUGUAACUCAAUUUAUUGUGGUAUUUGUGUUAUAGGAUUUAAUAUCUACAUGUUAGAUCUUAUAAAUGAAUGUGAAUCUUCCUUAAAGGCACAAAAUUGUUUUGUUAGAAACAAAAUCAAUGAAUAUUUACGCCUUAUUAAAAUUCAAUGUAGAAAUAAGUGUUCUAUGAAAAUCAUAAGAAGAUUAAAGCCUGUUUUAAAAAUAAUACAGGAUGUGAAAACAAACCACAACUAUAUGGUUAAUCAUACUAUUAGUCAAAAUCUAAAAGGUGAAAACAGGGAUGAUAUUAGUAAGAUUUAUUCAUUUAUUAAACAAUAUGAUGAUUUACAUCAAAUAGAUUUUCCAUUUAUUUUUAGUAAAUUAGUUUAUAUUGAUAAAGAAAAUUUUAAGCCUUUAUCGAAUUUAAUUUUAGAUGAUUUAAUUACACAUGUUUAUAACAAGAAAAUAUUUGAUGAUUGUAUUUUAAAGAAAUUUGAAAGAUUUAAAUCAUUUUAUGAUAAGUUUGAAAAAAAUAAUUUUCAAAAAGAAAUUGAUAAUCAAAAUGAAGAAUUAAAUAUGAAAGCGUUUGAUUCUCUUAAAAAAUUAAAAAAUUUUAUUGAAAAGGCUACGAGACGUAAUAAGAAAUUUAGAUUAAAAAUUGAAGACAUUAAAAAUAAACAUGAAGAAAAAUUAAUAUAUAAAAAUCAAGUAAAAAAUAUUUUAAAAAAAUUAGAUGAAAAUACAAAAAAGGUAUUGUUAAAUCCUAAGCAUAAAUUGAGUAGUGUAAUAUUAUCUAUUGAUAUAAUAAUUAAAGAAAAUUUUAUAACGAAAAGUAAAAACAAAUGUUUCAAGGAUGAAAAACUUUUAAAAGAAAUUGAAAGUUUAGCAGAAUAUUUAAAAGAAAUUAGUAAAGAUUGUAUGAAAGCAAAUGAAUUAUUUAAAAAAGCAUUUAAAGAUGAUAUUGAAGACAGCGAGUGUGAAGAUAAAAAUAAUUAA